UGACGUCACGUCGCCUAUAUAUAGGGCGGACCGGCGAAAGUUUGAACAGUAGGACUCGCGAGGGCAUCAUACACGGCUCCUUGUGAUCCUUAGCUGCGGCACUUUUUUAUUCCCGUUUCCCAACCCAAAACUACAAUUCGCCAAAAUGCGUGAGUGCAUCUCCGUGCACGUGGGCCAGGCCGGCACCCAGAUGGGCAACGCCUGCUGGGAGCUGUACUGCCUGGAGCACGGCAUCCAGCCCGACGGCCAGAUGCCCUCCGACAAGACCAUCGGCGGCGGCGACGACUCCUUCAACACCUUCUUCAGCGAGACCGGCUCCGGCAAGCACGUCCCCAGGGCCGUCUUCGUCGACUUGGAGCCCACCGUCAUUGACGAGAUCCGCACGGGCGUGUACCGCCAGCUGUUCCACCCCGAGCAGCUGAUCACCGGCAAGGAGGACGCCGCCAACAACUACGCGCGCGGCCACUACACCAUCGGCAAGGAGAUCGUGGACCUGGUGCUGGACCGCAUCCGCAAGCUGGCCGACAACUGCACGGGGCUGCAGGGCUUCCUGAUCUUCCACUCGUUCGGCGGCGGCACGGGCUCCGGCUUCACCUCGCUGCUCAUGGAGCGCCUGUCCGUCGACUACGGCAAGAAGAGCAAGCUGGAGUUCGCCAUCUACCCGGCCCCGCAGGUGGCCACGGCCGUCGUCGAGCCCUACAACUCCAUCCUGACGACGCACACCACGCUCGAGCACUCCGACUGCGCCUUCAUGGUCGACAACGAGGCCAUCUACGACAUCUGCCGCCGCAACCUGGACAUCGAGCGCCCCACCUACACCAACCUCAACCGCCUCAUCGGCCAGAUCGUGUCGUCCAUCACGGCGUCGCUGCGCUUCGACGGCGCGCUCAACGUCGACCUCACGGAGUUCCAGACCAACCUGGUGCCGUACCCGCGCAUCCACUUCCCGCUGGUGACCUACGCGCCCGUCAUCUCGGCCGAGAAGGCCUACCACGAGCAGCUGUCCGUGUCGGAGAUCACCAACGCCUGCUUCGAGCCCGCCAACCAGAUGGUCAAGUGCGACCCGCGCCACGGCAAGUACAUGGCCUGCUGCCUGCUGUACCGCGGCGACGUCGUGCCCAAGGACGUCAACGCCGCCAUCGCCACCAUCAAGACCAAGCGCUCCAUCCAGUUCGUGGACUGGUGCCCCACGGGCUUCAAGGUGGGCAUCAACUACCAGCCGCCCACCGUGGUGCCCGGCGGCGACCUGGCCAAGGUGUCCCGCGCCGUCUGCAUGCUGUCCAACACCACCGCCAUCGCCGAGGCCUGGGCGCGCCUCGACCACAAGUUCGACCUGAUGUACGCCAAGCGCGCCUUCGUGCACUGGUACGUGGGCGAGGGCAUGGAGGAGGGCGAGUUCACCGAGGCCCGCGAGGACCUGGCUGCCCUCGAGAAGGACUACGAGGAGGUCGGAGUCGACUCCGCCGACGCAGAGGGCGAGGCCGAGGGUGACGAAUACUAGACGAACAAACACAUUCCAUUCUUCACAUUCUGUCCAAAAAUAAAAUACUUGUCUAUC